AUGCAACCACAAAAGAUUCUCUAUCUUAUGGCGCUCUUCGCGAUUGGUGCACAAGCUCUACCUCCGCUUCCAAAAGCAAACUCUCUGGCUGUCCGUACUGAUGUAGACAAUGCCUGGGAAGGGGGGACUGAGAAACGCGCCGAUGUAGACAAUGCCUGGGGAGGGGGGACUGAGAAACGCGCCGAUGCAGAUGAAGCCUGGGGAGGGGGGACUGAGAAACGCGCCGAUGCAGAUGAAGCCUGGAGAGGGAAGACCGAGGAAGUCUAG